AUGGAUGUUGCAGUUUUUCACAACACUCUUUAUGCUAUUACUGAUCAGGCCAGUAUAGGGAUAGUGAAGCUGAAUACUCAAACCCUAAAGUUUCUACGAAUGAAGAACAAGCCAGUUUUAGAUGGGUCAAAUUUAAAGUUGGUGAGCACAGAUAAUGAUAAUCUUCUUGUUGUUCAUGUUAAACCCACCUUGGAGAUGGAAAUUUUCAUGGUAGAUUUAUGGGUGAUGGCUUGGUUUAGGCUCAAAUCAUUGGGAGAUUGUGCUUUGUUCUUGGGUGGAAACUCAAAGUGUUAUUCAUUGGCGAAUCCAGGUAAGUGGGGAUUUGAUGAAAAUUGUGUGCAUCUCAUUGAUAAAGAUUCUCCUGCGUGCAAGGUUGUGUCUGUGGAAAAUGAAGUUAUUAAAACCAUCUCACUUCCUGAAAAUCGAGGUCCUCUUGGUGCUAAGCUCUACAAUAUCGAUUGGUGCUUUCGAUCUCGACGUGAUGAGGUGGGUUAUGCUCUCCAUGAGUAA